AUGGAGACAUUCGCAAAGAACUUGGCCAAAUCCGCUGCUAAGUCUGCCGCCAGAAAGGCCAUGGGUCAAUCAUCCUCUGAGAAGCGAACUCGCGAUGGUACGCGAAGCGGGAACCAGAUCAACCCUGAAGAUUUCCGUGGUGUAGCUGAAUUCGUUCUCGGUAUGCUUGGUGGCAAAAAUGAACAGCCACGAAGAGAUGACGAUCGCAAGAAGGAUAAGAAGAGGAAGAGAGACAAAGAUAAGGAGAGGAGCAGAGAAGCGCCGAGGAGUAGGGAUGUCGAAGAUGACGGUGAUAAAUACGGAUCUGAUAAAGAACGUCGAAAGAGACGUCGCCACCGCGUUACCUUUGCAGAACCAUACUACGAGUCUCCUCGCCCAGAAGAGACUUACUAUGCUCAACCCUAUGAGCCUCGUCGCGACGAAGACAAAGAAGAGCGCCGCCGCCGUCGUCGUCAACGCCGAUACAAGCGCGACCUAGAUCUCAAGACCCUCAAGACAGAGUUGGAGGCCAUGUCGAGCACGAUAAUCUCCUUGAACGCAAGAGGCGCCAAACAUCGGGACUGCGAGUUUUACGAUCGCUUUGUGAGAAAGGGCGGGAGGUUGCAGGAUGUCAUUGGGAGCACGUUGGGACAGAUCAGGGGGGUCAUGGAGGGAGAGGUUAAGGCGGAAGAGAGAAGACGACGGAGAGAUCGGAGGAGGGAGAUGCGAUGA